CAGGGAUUCCCCCAGUUUAGCAGAAAUUUCUGGAACAAAAGUGUUUUGAUCAGAUUUUCAGCGAAAUAGCGAGAGUAGUCUGGGUUACAAGCUCAUGUCAUGUUCGGGGUGAUUGUUUCUGGACGAUUAGUGCAGACAGAAUUCCAGCAGGUAGGGGAGACCCAGUUCCUCUUUACCAUACCAGAUGCGGAUAGCAUAAACCACAUUGUCGUGUUUAUGACAGGUCAGACCCCAUUUCCAGAUGGACUGGGUGGGGCAGUUUACUUCUCCUGGCCAAAUUCAAAGGACUCUAGUCAAACCUGGCAGCUCCUUGGACAUAUCACCAAUACAAAGCCAAGUGCUAUUUUUAAAAUAUCAAAGUUAAAAUCAGGUGCUUCUGGCAGUGAUGCCGCAGUCAGUAACAUGUUUAACAGUGGGAUAGGAGUGCAGAACGUCAAUGCUCAGAUUGGGAUAUCUGUAGAACCGCUGACUCAACUAGCUCAGCAGUCUCCCGACUCAGCAACAGCAGCUACAAACACACUACCCAUGAUGGAGGAGUUCAUUCAGAAAAUGGUGGAGAACUUUGUGAACUACGCUUCCUCAUUUUGUAUCACACAAGCAGACAUGACACCCAACCCCUCAGAGACAUACGUGCCUCUCAGUAGCCUGUCAAAGUGGUUUGAAAACUUUAAGAGACGAUUGCAGCAAAACCCGUAUUUCUGGAAAUCUUGAGAUGGUGUAUGGCAUUUUACUAUUUAAUUACGCACUGAAACAGUGACAAUACAUGUACACUCUAGGGGAUGUAAGCUGUGCCUUCUAGAGGUGUUUUAUACUUUGAUAUGGUGGGACUGAAAACAGACCACACGUGAAGAUGUACGUGUGGUUUCACUGUACUUUGUGUUGUUUUUAAGAAGUUUGUGAAGCUGGACAGCUGUUGUGAGACAAUCCAUUUACUGUCAAUAAAAGUUGCUGAACUAACUUUUAACCUG